GCCCUCUGAUUGGUUUAAAAAUGGCGGCAAAUUUUAAUUUUUGAAACCGGAGCCGCGAAGAAUGGCGACGCGCUGCUGAGGGGAAUUCUCCGCCGCCGCUGUGACAACUCCCUCGUUCUUUCUCCCUCUCCUCCUUCAUCAUCAUCAUCAUCUUCUUCUACGUCUCGGAGCGAUAACGACGACGAGGAGAAUAAGAAAAAAAACAAUAAAGACAACUGAUAAUAACAAUUCUUAUUAUUAUUAACUCGGAAGCAUCGGGCCCUGUCCAUCCUCGCGGUAGGCCGCUAUCGUCCGCACACCUCUUCACGAGAGAGAGAGUUGUUUACACUCUUCGACACAAAAAACAACAACAACGAUGAGCUUCGCUAAAGCGGCGCUGUUCGUGGCGCCGCUCGUUUGGCUUCAUUUGGGCUGCCGGGCACUCGGAGACGCCGCGGAGCCUCGUGACAAGCGUCUCAACCUCCUCCUGAUCGUGGUGGACGACCUGAGGACCACCCUGGGUUGCUACGGAGACCCCGUCGUCAAGACCCCCAACAUCGACCAGCUGGCUUCCAGGAGCGUGCUCUUCAACGCCACCUUCGCACAGCAAGCGGUGUGCGGGCCGAGCCGCACGUCCAUGCUGACCAGCCGGCGCCCCGACACGACGCGCCUCUACGACUUCGGCUCCUACUGGCGCCGGAGCGCCGGCAACUUCAGCACCCUGCCGCAGUACCUGCGCACACACACAUACUUCACCGCCUCCGUCGGCAAGGUGUUCCACCCAGGCAUCGUGUCGAACUUCACGGACGACUUCCCCUACAGCUGGUCCAUCCCCGCCUACCACCCUCCCACCCAGCAGUACAAAGAUGCCAAGGUGUGCGUGGGCCCUGAGGGGGGCCCCCCGCAGGCUGAUUUGGUGUGCCCCGUGGACGUGGCCUCCAUGCCCGGCGGCACGCUGCCUGACAUGGAGACCACCACUGAGGCCGCACGCCUCCUGACCAAGUUCGCAUCGCGGCCUGCUCAGCCGUUCAUGCUGGCGGUGGGAUACCACAAGCCCCACGUACCCCUCAAGUACCCCAAGGAGUUCCUGUCCCUGUACCCGCCUGGCUCCGUUGGGCUGGCUCCGGACCGAGCCAUCCCCCGGGGCCUGCCCUCCGUGGCGUGGAACCCCUGGGUGGAUGUGCGCAGACGUCACGACGUGGCACGUCUCAACGUCUCCUUCCCCUACGGGGCCCUGCCUCUGCCCUUUCAGGUGGAGGUGCGCAGGAGCUACCUGGCGGCCGUCUCCUACGUGGACCGUGAGGUUGGGCUGCUGCUGUCGGCCCUCGACUCCCUUGGCCUCGCGGACAGCACCGCCAUCGCCUUCACCUCCGACCACGGCUGGUCUCUAGGGGAGCACGGGGAGUGGGCCAAGUUCAGCCUCUUCGAGGUGGCCACGCGCGUACCGCUGCUCAUCUCUGUGCCGGGCCUCACCGCUGGGGGGGCCGGCGGCGGGGGGGGCGGGCGGGGGGGGGCCCCCCCCGGCCCUCGCUUCCCCUUCGUGGACGUCCUGCGGAGCCCUGCGGGGAAGCCUCCUGCACCAGGGCGCGUGUGUGCCGACCCGGUGGAGCUGGUGGACGUGUUCCCCACGCUGGUGGAGCUGCUGCUGCUGCCGCCGUUGCCGGCGUGCCCGGCGCCGUCGUUCGGCGUGGAGCUGUGCACGGAGGGGCGAAGUCGCGCGGCCUUCAUCCUCCUCAACACCUCGGACACCACGCCGGUGCGGGAUGACGACGACGAGGAUGACGACGAGGAUGAUGAUGAGGAUGAUGAUGAGGAUGAUGAGGAGGUCGCCUACAGCCAGUACCCCCGCCCGGGCCUGCACCCGGGCCCCAACUCGGACCUCCCCUCUCUGGCGGACAUCCGUGUGAUGGGCUACUCGGCACGCACCCGCCGCUACCGCUACUCCGCCUGGGUGCCCUUCGACCCCCGCUCCUUCAGGGCGGACUUCUCGAGGCCCCUCGCUCGCGAGUUCUACCUGCUGGGCCGCGACCCCGGGGAAGACCACAACCGCGCGGGCCCGGCCGGCUACGGCGGUGCCGGUGGGCCGCCGUCGCCGUCGCCGGGAGAGGAGGUGGACGAGGUGGACGAGGUGGAGCAGGAGGAGGUGGAGGAGGAGGUGAAGCACGCGGGAGCCAUGAAGAGGUUGGCCGCCAGAGUCGCCCGCAAGUUUGGCGCUGUUAAUUGAGGGGCCGAGGAAGCUAACGGUGACGGUGACGAUGACGGUGACUGUGACGGUGACUGUGGUGACGGUGACGGUGACUGUGGUGGUGGUG